AUGAGUAAAAUAGUCAAAUAACGAGUAAGCAUGCAUGAUGAGUCCACAAGUCUUUCAAAUUAUUCGAAGAGUGUUAACAAAAGGAGUAAUUAUUUAUAUCCAUGUAAUCAAUUAGGAAAACAAAAUCUCAAGCAUAACUCAACCAAACAAUUAAUUUGUAUAGUUUCAGUGCCAAAAUAGUUGAAAGAACGUGUUUACAUAAAAUCAGAAGUGGAACUUAAAUUAGCUAUCAAUUAUAUUCCUGAACAUUGUUUAGGCAAUCUUAAAGAAACACCCUGCACUUACAAUUAUAGAGUAACGCGAACCGAUCAACUAGAUGAUGUGUAUUUUUACACUCUCGAACUACUUGAUCAACCUAACUACUCAAUUGAUUAGAUAGUUAAUCUACUACUAAAAUAAGAAGAUCAAUAUGCUUAAUUAGCAGUUGAAUUAGUACAUCAAAGAUUCAAUAUCCUCAAUGAGUAUACUCAACAUUAUUACAUUUCAAAUGAAGAAUUGUUAGAAGUAGAACAAUUAGCUUAAGGUUACCCAUAUCACUGUAUAAUCCAAAAAGUAAACAAAGACAAUAGUUCAUUAUCGUAAAGAAUAGUUAAUGAAUAAUUUUACGCUCUCAUGGGCGUAACUAGAGAAAUGGUUUCACAUCAUCUUCAUGAAACUAAAACUCUACCAUCCAUUUUUGAUGUAGGAACAUCCUUAAAAUUAUGGUGUGAUGUUACUUUGAGUUCACUCUCAGGGGUGUCACACUUUGAUCAAUAUAUCAAUACUUAUGAGGGUGCAUAAUAUAAGUGUAGAAUUGAACAAAAAUAAAUGUUUAAAAGAACUUAAGUUAAUCCUAAUUAAAUUGUGUUCAUUGAAUUUAGAAUUUUCAAACUGGAAGAACCCUUAAAGUCGUAAUUGCUCAAUCCUCAAAGGCUUUAUUAAAAUUAAAUAGAUUAUUUCAAUAGGAAGAAUACAGAGUAAGAAUAUCAACAAUUCUUAAACUCUAUGAAUUACAAACAAUCUCUUCACUAUAAUAAUUCUUAGCCUUGUGGAUAUAAGCAACUUGCAUGGAUUUGA